AUGCACCAACACGAGAUAAAAGAUGAAGGCCAAGACAGCCCUGCAGAUUUGAAACUUCAGAACACGUCAAAUCGCAAUCCUAAAUGUACGCGGUGUAGAAAUCAUGGCAUUUUGUCAGAUCUUCGCGGACAUAAACACCAGUGUCGCUUCAAAGACUGCUCUUGUAUGGACUGUCGAACUGUAGCUGAACGGCAGCGUUUAACGGCUGCCAGGAUUGCGCUUUUUCGUCAGCAAAAGGGAAACGAAGCAGACAUGAUCGUUAACUCGCCAGAAUUAGAACAAAUGGAAGCUGGUUUAUUAAAUGGAUGGAUGAACGGAGAACAUGAGCAUCGAGACGGAUUGUUGAAACGAAAACACAGCGGCGGACGAGAUCCCAGUAGUAGUAACAGCCCAGAGAGUUCCGACAGCGAUUAUGGCGGUGGUAUGGCCUCGGCCUCUAAAAGACCUCAUGCGGAGUCCCCCUUGACACUUCCUACGGUUAUUCCACCGCCGACGGAUAUCCUGACAAGGGCAUUUCCUGGUUUAUCGUCCACGGUGCUUGAACACGUGUUAAAAGGCUGUAAUGGAAAUGUUCUUCAAGCCAUUGAAGUAAUCGUGCAGUACAACGCAAGCAGAUCACAUACAAACGGUCUUCUCGGUCAGUCGAAUAUACUGCAGGCUCAACCUCCGAAUGACGCCAAUCCCCAAGCUCCUCCACCUCCUCCCCAGGCUUCUCACGUUCCUCCCCCGUCCUCGGCUUCCCUUCCGCCGCUGUUCAAAUUUAACUACGUAAAUGGACAAUAUCGUUAUCUUAUGCCGCCAUCUUUGAUGCCUCUUACGUCAUAUAUGUUCCCUUCGGCUAACGGCGUCGGACUUCCGUUCCCUCAGUUUCCGGUCGACUUACAGAAUCACCAAUUCAAGCCGGUUGAAAGUGCACCGGAAGCGGAAGAAAGUGCGAACGGUGACACCAAGCCUGUUGUUAAUGCUUAUACUUCCGGUGUAUGCAAAGGUUGUGGGCAAGAGACUAACCAGGAUGAAAAUUUAUGCGCGAAUUGCUCAGCGUCGUUCAAUCGAAAGUAA